UCUGAGCCAGAGCGACAUGAUCAGGUCCUCUGAGCCGCCACAGCAUUCACCUUAAACUUCGUUAAGCACUUUUCGGCGGUUUUUAUUUGGGCGACGUGACGCUGCUCAUCAGGCAGGAGUGUCAGAGCGCAGAGCUGGGAUGGAUGCUGCUCAGAGAGACGCGCCGGUCAGCCCGCUGGAGAGGAGCAGCCACACCGCCUUCAUACACAACAAUACGCUGUAUGUGUGGGGAGGUUACCAGGUAGUUGCCGGACAGGAUGUCGUGUUGCCCAGUGAUGAGAUAUGGCUCUGUGAUUUAGUCAGUGGGAUGUGGGAGCGGAGAGAGAUGACUGGAGACAUCCCACCAAACCUGUCGGCCUUCUGCGGUGCUAAUAUUAACACUAAACUCUACAUCUUUGGAGGAUAUGAAGCAGCUGGGUACUCCAACCAGAUGUUCAGCGUUGACCUCUCUGAGCCGUGCUGCUCAUGGAAGAGAGUGACUGACACGAAGGGAACGACCCCCUCACCUCGUAACAAACACUCCUGCUGGGUACACAGAGGCAGAUUGAUCUACUUUGGUGGAUAUGGAUGCAAGACCUUGAGGGAGUUACGAAACACAUCGUCAUCAAACUUCACUUUAGAAGAGAUGUCCUGGUCAAGAGCUGUAAAUGAAGUAACUCUGUGCAAGGGAUGGAACAGUGAGGUGAAUGUGUUUGAUACACUCACAGCUACAUGGAGCAUGCCAGAGACUCAAGGUUCUGCUCCGUCCCCCAGAGGCUGCCAUGCCAGUGCCUUGCUGGGGAACAAAGGUUACAUCAAUGGUGGUGUGGAAGGAGCAGAGUUGGACAUGUUCUGCUUAGACCUGGACACCUGGACCUGGACCAAACUUGACAUCUCCACAGCUUUUGCACCUCUUGGUCGCUCUUGGCAUACCAUGACGCCCACGUCAGAUCACACGCUGUUCGUGUACGGAGGUUUUGGCACAAAUGGAGAUACUUUAAAUGACGCCUGGCAGUUUAACACACAAACAAGAGAGUGGACCAAGAUGAUACACCCCCACAAAGACAAGCCCAGAGUUUUCCAUACGGCGUGCCCGGGGAGGGAUAGUGACGUUGUGGUGUUUGGGGGAAGCAGGAACCUCCGCAUCGUCAUGGAUUCGAUGGUUAUUUUGAGGCUUCCAUCACCACAUCACUGCAGAGACGUACUCAUCUUUCAGACUCAACCUUACUCCCUCUCCAGGUUAUGUGAGGAUGUCAUUGGACGAAACUCAGAGCUGCUCAGGUUGCAGCUCAGCCGGCUGCCAUCGAAGCUACAGAGGACACUUGAGAAGAGAAUGAGCUUUUUUUCUGCUAGCUCUUAAAACUUAGAGAGGACUAUGUUUAGA